AUGAACGUAGCAACCUUUGGGUCAUCAUCAUCGCCAGCUUCAGCACAAUUUGUAAAAAACAAGAAUGCGGAAGAGUUUGCCGAUCGUUAUCCGAAGGCAGUCCAGGCAAUCGUAGACAACCAUUAUGUAGACGACUACCUGGAUAGUUUCGAGAAUGAAGAGGAAGCGCUACGAGUAUCACAGGAAGUUAGGAUGAUCCACAGCCGAGGAGGAUUCCAGUUAAGAAAUUGGCUCACCAACGGAAAACAGGUUCUGGAAGGUCUGGGAGAAAGCAGCACAGAUGAAACCAAAAAUUUGUUCCUGGACAAAGGAUCGGAAUGCGAACGCGUAUUGGGAAUGCUAUGGAAUACGAGAGAUGAUGUUCUGUGCUAUUCUACUGAACUGAAAGAAGAUAUACAACAACUGAUGGACAGCAACGUACAACCUACCAAAAGACAAAUGUUGAGAUGCCUCAUGAGCUUUUUCGACCCACUGGGUCUACUCAGUGCGGUCUUAGUGCAUGGCAGAAUCCUCCUUCAGGAUGUUUGGCGAGUUGGAACGCAGUGGGAUGAGCCCGUUGGUGACGACAUCUGGAAUCGCUGGAUGAAAUGGAUCAAUGCGGUGAAAACAAUCGACCAAAUUAGAAUACCUCGCUGUUACUUUCGGCAAGCUACCAUGAGUAGCUAUGAAGAACUACAACUCCACAUAUUUGUUGAUGCAAGUGAGCUUGCCUACUCGGCAGUCGCUUACUUCCGAAUAGUAACAGCAAGCACAAUGCCGGAUUGCGCCCUGGUUGCGGCCAAAGCCAAGGUUGCACCCCUGAAACCUCUAUCAGUACCAAGACUAGAACUACAAGCAGCGGUAUUGGGAGCAAGGCUGAUGCGAUUCGUUAUCGACACGCACACGAUAACUACUACGAAACGAUUUCUAUGGAGUGAUUCUUCGACUGUUCUGGCUUGGAUACAUGCAGAUCACCGGCGUUACAAGCAAUUCGUAGCCUGCAGGAUCGGAGAGAUUCUUACGCUGACUGAUGCAGAUGAAUGGAGGUGGGUGCCUACGAAGAUUAAUCCAGCAGAUGCGGCUACAAAGUGGGGUAAAGGACCUUGCAUGCAAGCAGAAAGUGAGUGGUUUAAAGGGCCGGAAUUUCUACGCAGACCCGAGAAGGAAUGGCCCAGUUCGAAGUUCAUCUCUACGACUACUGCAACAGAAGAAGAACUCCGUCCGUGUCACGUUCAUCGUGAGGUCGUUGUACCUGGAUUAGAAAUCGAUUAUCAACGAUUCUCUAAGUGGGAGCGUGUGCUGCGGACUGUGGCUUAUGCCCUGCGAUUCACCAAUAAUCUUAAACUGAAGUGCAGCGGUGUACCAAUACGUCAAGGAAUACUCACCAAGGAGGAACUACAGGAAGCGCAAAUCACACUUUUCCGAUCGGUGCAGUGGCAAGUGUUUCCGGACGAAAUGGCAGCAUUGGCAGCUGAUCGAAGAUCCCCAAUAAAACCAUCAAGCGAUCUUCACUCGUUAUGUCCAUACCUGGAUCAGCAAGGGCUUCUACGAGUGGAUAGUCGUAUUAAAACAGCUAACAAGGUGGCACUAUCUAUGAAGUUCCCCAUCAUACUUCCACCAAAACAUCGGCUGACACUACUACUAAUCGACGAAUACCAUCGUAAAUACCGUCACGCUAAUUUUGAGACUGUUGUUAACGAAGUACGUCAACGCUUCCACGUAUCGCGAUUGCGCCCUACGGUUAAAAAGGUGACCCAAAAUUGCCUGCGGUGCAGAAUCGACAAAGCGAAGCCCUGUAUUCCUCGGAUGGCUCCUCUGCCGCCAGCAAGACUUGCUGCAUAUGUCCGCCCUUUCUCCUACGUAGGACUUGACUUUUUUGGUCCAUUUUUGGUAAAAUUUGGACGAAGCAACGUCAAGAGAUGGAUCGCCUUAUUCACCUGCCUUACGAUACGGGCGGUUCAUGUAGAAGUGAUGUGCAGCUUAACGACAAAUUCCUGCAUUGAAUGUGUACGACGCUUCAUAUGCCGACGAGGAGAUCCCCUGGAGAUCUACUCGGAUAAUGGAACCAAUUUUCGAGGGGCGGCUCGACUGCUGAAUGAACAGAAGAAGGAGAUCUCGAUUAUAAAUGAGAACCUUGCUGGUGCAUUUACAAGUACAACCACGAAAUGGCUAUUCAUCCCUCCCGCAGCACCUCAUAUGGGUGGCGCGUGGGAGCGCAUGGUGCGCUCCGUAAAGACGGCUAUGUUUGCUGCUUAUGACGGCAAUCGAAAACUGACGGACGAAGGAUUGCAAACCCUGGUUAUUGAGGCUGAGUCCAUAGUGAAUAGCCGCCCGUUGACGUAUCUACCUCUGGAAUCUGCGGAGAGCGAGGCUCUUACUCCUAACCAUUUUCUUUUGCCGCUGAAGAACAUCGAAUGUAAGGACUUCGCUGCAGAUACGACAUCGGAAAAACAUAAGCAAACCGCAGCAGCGGUUGAAGCAACAUGGAACGCAACUCAACAGCAUUUGAACACCUACUGGAAACGUUGGAUCAGAGAGUACCUGCCGACGUUGACCAAACGAACCAAGUGGUUUGGUGAACAGAAAGCUAUCGAGGUAGGAGAUCUCGUCUUGGUAAUCGACGGUACUACACGGAACGAAUGGAUCCGCGGGCGUGUCAAGGAAGUAGUUGCUGGGAGUGAUCAACGGAUUCGUCAGGCCAUAGUACAAACUGCGAGGGGGUUGAUGAGAAGGCCUGUGUCCAAAUUGGCGGUCUUGGAGGUGAGAGAGAGUGGCUAA